AUGGACCUCACGGCAAUCCUCGAUACCUUCCCGAAUAAGAACAUGCGCUCUGUCCGCGAUGAUGCCGUAUUCGAGAUGAGUAUGUACUUGGCACCCGUUUGGCCACCCGUUUGUGGUCGUCACUUAAGAGGGUUCCCGACUUAUCAGAAGAGAGGAACGGGAGCCGAUACUUCGCGGGAUACGGCUUGCAGAUCACGGCAAAGCCAUCUGAACUCAAAGCAAAACUCUCAAAACGCCUCCAUCCGCCUCCAGUACGUGGCGCUUCUAAGACCUUGGCGUCCCCUCGAGUUCCUUCUGUUCCUUGUGUUCCUCGUGGAAAUCAAUCUUGAAAACAGGCUGCCAUGUGGCAUGGCUGAACUCUCUGCAAAACUUCUUUGUGAUCUGAGUGACUUCCAAGGUUGGAAAUCAAUCUCACUCUCGCUGAUUGGUUAG